CACUCACUCGUUUGUAUUUGAGAUUUAAAGAACAGAAGAGAGGAGUACUGGAAUUAGCUGGUUCCCACACCAGAUGAAGUGCAAGGCCAAAGCGGCUACCGAGUCUCCUCCCGCUUCUUCCAUGGAUAGCUGUGGGGUCGGCGAUCCGCCGCCGGCGAUCUCCACGGCGUCGUCCCGUUACCGGCCGCCGCCGAUCAGCACUGAUCUUCACCUCGGUCUCAGCCGGCAGGCAUGUUCCUCCUCCACCCAUACAGCUCACAACAGCUCCCCUUCCACUCCAAGGAGCGCGCUGACCACGACAACGGCCACAGAUAUUCCGGCGUACAAGAGGGGCGGCGGCGGCCAUGGGCAGCAGUCGCUAUUUGUGAAGGUUUACAUGGAGGGCGUCCCCAUCGGCCGGAAGCUGGAUCUGCUGCUGCUGGACGGCUACGACGGCCUCCUUGCUCUUCUAACUCGCAUGUUCAAGGCCUCCAUCAUACAUCAUGAUAUUGUCGGUGGCGAUCAUCAAGGGGAGACGCAGGGUCGCCAUGUUCUCACGUAUCAAGACCACGAAGGGGACUGGUUGAUGGCCGGGGACAUACCGUGGGAGCUGUUCUUGGCGAGUGUGAAGAAAUUGAGGAUCGCAGGUGCGGACAGCUGCUUUCAUUGAUGCACCGAUCACGGAUGGAAAAGGAUGCAAAUAGGGAUUUGUCCAUUUCAUUGGAGACAAGUCUUUUGGUGGAAUUUUUUUAUACUAUGAUAAGAUGGUUAAUUCUUUGUGAAAAAUAUAUGGUAGGGGUAUUAGCUAGAGCUUAGACAUAUCUUUCAAAGAAAUAGCUAGAGAUUAUUGAUCAGGAUACACACAAUAUAUAUUGUAAAUAAAAAAGAGACAAAUGCUUGCAAUACAUUUUCUUCUAUUGUUUUUCGGUA